UGGAAUGUUGGCUAGCAAAGUAAAAUGGGGAGAUCAUUCUUGCCAGACCUCAGAAAUGAGAUUUUAAGAGGGGAUCUGAUAUAUGACUAGUUUUGUUGCACAUCGCCCCAAUCUCUGAGCUGUGUGAAAUUCCAGGGGUCCCAGGCGCUUACCCAAGGUUUAGUUUCCUCAGAAUUAGGGACAGUGAAACCUGUGGUGUAUUUAUGAUAUUUGGUUUAUUUAGAAUUGCCUUUUAAUAUAUAUAUUACAUAUUUUAUUGAUUGUUUAAAAAGAAAAACGCAAACAUAACAAAAAGAAAGAAAAACAAAGAAUCAGAAACUGUAAACCAUAGAGUGUCAUUGCACUCUAUGCACUCGUUGCACUCUAAAGCACAGUUGCUUUUUCAAAAGCUGCAAAAAUAGCUUAGCCAGCCCCCUGGAAAUACCAUCAAUGCUUUUUACCUUUUCCCAUGUUUCCUCCUCAAACAAUUCUUGAUGAGAGUGACAGAACAUAAUCAGCUCCUGUCAUUCCCAAGGGGACUUGCUCCAUUGUAAUUCCAAGUGUAAUUCCUAGCUGCUUUAGGCUGCGGGCACCUCUAAGAGGUGGGCUCUGGAUCCAAUUCAGAGUCAUGUUGUGCCCAGACUGAAUCAGGCAAAUCUGAGUUUGGCAGAUUCUCCCCACCCUCAUCUCUAGUUAAGCAACAAUGUACACAUGCAAUAUUAAAACCAGUUAAUCUGUUCCCUAAUAUCAGAAAAAUCCCAUUACAUUCCUCUUGAGAGGUGAUAUAGCCAUUACAGAUCAGGGAGAGAGAAAAAGCUUUUAUUUUCUGUUUGACAAAGAUCUCCCUGUGCAGGUGCUGCUUUCAGAUACGUUCUUUGCUCUGCCUGUUUGCUGCAUUUCCUCAACUUCCUCAACUGAACUUCUCCUUAGCUCUGCAGUCCUUUCACAGAUAUCUCGGUCAUCUCCAUCCCCUUCCUUCCCCCUUUCGCAGCCUUUGCUUGUCUGUGGUUUGCAUUCUGGGAAUGGACCUCAGAUCACAUCUCUCUGCAAGGUCCUGGAGCUGGUGAAGUUAUGGCCCGAGGGGAGUGGCUUGUCCAAAAUUUGCUGCUGCUAAAUCGCAUCCGAGGCCUCCGCCUUCACUUGCUUACAAGCUAGCAGAGGAAACAAGCCACAUGCAUUUUCCAGUGGUCUGAACAUCUGAAAGCAGCAGCACACUCCACAGAGUGCGGUGAGGCUGACAUGGGAGAAGAACGCCACGCAAAAGAAACAAAUUAAAAUCAUCGUGGUGGGACCUAACUCUCCUUGAGGACUCUGUUGGACGUUUUUGGAGGUCUGGACCACUUCUGGCUUUUGAGGCCCCUAGCCAUAAUAAAUGCAGCCACAGAAAAUUGAAGGUGCAUUAAGGCGAAAUAAGGCACACACACACAAAAAGAAAUAAAGGAAAAAUUUCCUCUUCACAUUGUAAACAGCUCCCAGCCAUUUGUGGUGUUUGGGGACCUGCGCUACAUUUCCGGCAAUACAGAGAUGGGCACAAGAUUUUGCCUUUUUCUCUUUGCAUGUGCAGCUUUUAUGGACCAGAUACCAGGGGCAGCACCCAGCGGGAAAGCAACCAGGCUACCCUUGGAUCUUGGCGCGAAGAGUGAUGUGGAGAAAGCCAUGAGAAUAUUUGAGAGGCACCUGAAAGAAGGAUGUGUCUCUGAAAGGAAGGAGCUGAUGAGAGCCAAAGAAAAUUUGGAGAAGACCCUGCUGCAAACCAGUCUCCUGACAGAGAAUCUCACUGUUGUGCAUGACAAUAUUCAAACAUUAAUAUUCAGGAUAAAUCUUAGCGAUUUCAGAGGACUGAAUGUCAGCAGCGACAGCUUAAUGCGCAAUACCUCAGUGAAGAACCAAACCCGACAUGCCAUGCAUUUCCCUGCUGAGCUAGCGAAGAGAGCCCAGGGCACAGCUGCAAAGGAGAUGCGGCUCACCUGCAUUUACCUGAAAACAUCUUGCUUCUUCCAGGACAGAAAGAACCACACCUUGCUGAAUGAUGACAUCUUAGGGGCCACCUUUGGGAAUAUCAGCAUUACUCAACUCAUUCAACCGGUGGAGAUCAGGUUUUGGCACAACCAUACGCUGGCCAAUGCCAGUGUGGCCUGUGUUUUUUGGCUGGAAGGAACAGAAGAGGGCAGCAUGGGGAGCUGGAGCCAGGAAGGCUGCACAACUAACAUCAGCUGGGAGGGCAUGGUUCUGUGCCAGUGCAACCACCUCACCUACUUUGCUGUCCUUGUGCAAAUCUCCCCAACCACUCUGGAUGAAUCUCUGCUGGCUCCUCUGACCUAUAUCACCAACAUAGGCUGCAGUAUCUCUGCUUUUGCAUGCCUGCUCACUAUCAUUUUCUACAUUUUAUCCCGGAAAAUCCAGCAUGAUUCCACAACAAAGAUCCACAUGAACCUUCUGGGAGCCCUCUUCCUUCUCAACGUGUCCUUCCUGGGCAGCAGCUUCCCAGCAUCAGCCAGCCUUUCGUGGCCGUGCACAGCCACAGCCGCUUUCCUCCAUUACUCUCUGCUCUGCUGCCUGACCUGGAUGGCCAUCGAAGGCUUCCACCUCUACCUGCUCGUGAUCCGAGUCUACAACUCAUACAUCAUGCGCUACCUCCUUAAACUGUGUUCAGUUGGCUGGGGGUUCCCUGGCUUAGCAGUGGUGAUCAUCUUCCUGAGCAACAGCCAAAUUUAUGGCCGUUAUGGUAUCAAAACCAGCUCUGCUCACCGCAACAGUACAAUGUGCUGGAUCACUUCUCCCACAGUGCAUUACUUCAACCUGAUUUACUGCAGCAGCACCAUAGUCUUCAAUAUGGCUGUCUUGACCUUGGUGGUUUGGAGGCUCAGGCAGCUCCGAGCCAGUCCUCGGCAGCGGAAAGAGCAUUCCUGUAAGGACAUGGUGACGGUUCUUGGGCUGACUUGCCUCCUGGGUGCCACCUGGGCAUCGGUUUUCUUCUCCUUUGGGGUGCUCUCAGUCCCACAGAUCUUCCUGUUCACUGUCCUCAACUCACUUCAAGGGCUUUUCAUCUGCCUCUGGUACUGCACCUUGAGGUCCCAUUCGCAGGACAACAUCUCAACGGGCUCUCGUUUAUCUCGUUCAUCUCAGUGACUGCAGCAUCACAUGACUGGCGAAGCCUUGGAACAAAAGGAUGCCCAAAUUCUGGAAAUUUAGUGGGUGUGGCCUUCCAAAAGGGAAUCUUCAUAGGAGGAGGAAGGAAGGCAAGUAUAUGCAUGUGGUCUAAAUCAGGGAUUGGGAAUCUGUUGCCCUCUAGAUGUUGUUGGACUCCAACUCCCAUGAGCCUCAGCCAGCAUGGCCAAUGUCAAGGAUGAUGGAACUUGUAG